GGAUGGGUGGCCACCCUGCAAGCCGUGCGCUGAUUAGUCAAAGUCAAGAUUCGAAGGAACAACGCCUAAUCUGAUUGGACGCCGGGCCUCCUUCACUGCUUUCAUGAAAAGACUUGCGAAAAGGGGCUUUAUUGUUUCUUUGCUCUCGGAAGCCGAAAUUAUUUGCUAUCUACUCAGUCCUUCAAUCAAAUCAAGAGGUGGAAAAUGGCUGGCGGAAAGGCAGGAAAAGACAGUGGCAAGGCCAAGGCUAAGGCAGUGUCUCGCUCACAGAGGGCCGGUCUCCAGUUUCCAGUUGGACGUAUUCACCGACACUUGAAAACGCGCACUACCAGCCACGGUCGUGUGGGAGCCACCGCCGCCGUGUACAGCGCCGCCAUUCUAGAAUACCUCACCGCUGAAGUCCUGGAAUUGGCGGGUAACGCGUCCAAAGACUUGAAGGUGAAGCGUAUCACUCCUCGCCACUUGCAGCUAGCCAUCCGUGGAGACGAGGAGUUGGACUCGCUCAUCAAGGCCACCAUUGCUGGCGGAGGUGUCAUCCCGCACAUCCACAAAUCCCUCAUCGGGAAGAAGGGCCAACAGAAGACCGUGUAGUCGCCCUACGUCCAACCUGUUUUCUGGCCUUCCUCUACAGACCAGAGUUUUUUGUUUGUUUUUGCUUUAUUUUUGUCUGUAUGAUGAUAGCAAACCAAGAGCGAUUGUUUAGCGUUUGUGUUGUUAUACCUCCCCACUUAACUAGGAUCACUUACGGCGGGAAAAAAAAUUAUAUGCAUCGUGUGGUUAGAAUGCUUGACGAUGACAAAAUGGCGACGAUGAAUUUCUUUGAUUGGCCUGUUCUGUUUUAUACUGAAAUUGUUAAAAGCAUUUUUUAUAUGAUACCAAUUUGUUUUGUGGUUAUUUCGAUUUGAAUAUAGCGCUUGCGUGAUAUUUUUGAAAGUUGGCAAAAAAUGUGCAUUGGUGCUUUGAGACUGCACAUGUAACAAGUAUUAACUUUUUUUUUUUUUUACAUUGGAGAAAAAAAAUGUCAUGUAUGCGUUUGCAUGCAUAAUUCUUAAACUUGAACAAGUUGAGUGUGAUAUCAUGCUACCUUUUCCCUCCCAGGUGACAUAUCACUACAUAUAUACUGUACACUUAUUAGAAGUCGCUACAUUUACUUAACCUCAGCAGGGUUUUGACACCCAAAUGUACUGUUUGUGUGCACCUUGAAUUGAACGCCAUGACAUUCUUGUAUUGAAAAACAUCAGAACUUUGUUUCUUAAAGCUGUGUUUGACAAUGUUUUUUGUCUUUGAAUAAAACACCCUUUGUAUGCUA